ACAAUAUCACCAUGGAGAUCAUCGUGUUUUUCUCGCUGUUGCUUUCAGUCUGCACUGUUUCAGCAAAUCUGGCUGAAGCAGAUAAGUCUUCAAACCAACAACCCUGUCCACAGGACACCCAAGCUGUGCUUAGAGAGCUGACCGCCUCAGUGGCUGUGCAGAAAGAGCAGAUCACGGUCCUACAGAAAGAGACUGAAGAAAAGACAGCAAAGCUGAAGAGUGAAAUUGACCAGCUGAAGCUGCAGUCUACAGAUCGUGCAGCAAAUCUGGAGACUGAGAUUGACGCGCUGAAGCAGGAGCUACAAGCCACACAUGUGGCUUUCUCAACAGCUGUGGUUCUUCCAGGCAGUGGACCAUACAUCGGACCCUUUAACACAGAGACCACUCUGAUCUUCAAACAUGUUAUCACGAACAUUGGAAAUGCCUACAAGCCAUCCACAGGUAUUUUCACUGCACCAGUGAGAGGAGCCUACCACUUUGAGUUGCACAUGUUUGGACAUGGUGGCGUUGCUGUGGGUGCUUAUUUGUACAAGAACGAAGGGCCCGUUGUUAUUGCAUAUGAACACCAAACAGCAGGUGGAGAACUGAGUGGCUCUAAUGGAGCCUCGCUGCUUCUAGAGGUUGGAGAUCAGGUGUUUGUGCGUCUCCUCAACGGUAGAAGGAUAUAUGACAAUGAUAAUCAUCAUACCACCUUCAGUGGUCAUCUGAUUUUCACCAUGUGAGAGGUGUGACAGCUCCAACACUUCCUGUUUGGCCUGUCCUGUGUGGGCGGAGCUUAGACAUUUUUAGUAGUAAAACAGGAAGUAAAUCACCUGCUAGAAUCAGUUUCUUGCUCUCUCUCUCUUUCUGGUUGGGUUCUAGUUUUGUGUUUAUUUGUUUCUACUUCUCCUCUGAUUCUACUGACUCAGAUAAUUUACUUCUUCUUCUUAUCUUUGAUUCAAAUAAAUCCAGUUAAAUGCUCAGUGA